GGGUUCAACGCGGUGUUGCACAGACGGAACGAGGCGAAGAUGCAGCAGGUCGUGCGCGAGCUGCGCGCACAGGGUAAGGGCAAGGCGGGCGAGAGGGACAUCCGGUACUUUUUCGCGGACGCGGCGAAGGCGGGGCACGACUUCGCGAAGCUCGUCGAGCCGUUCGGGGCUCUGCACGUCACCAUCGUCGUGCACAACGUCGGCGGGUCGGACCUGUCCGCUGCUAGGAUCGACGGGCGCAGCGAGGACUACAUCCUGGGUGUCGUGAACAAGAACUCAUUCUUCUCCCUCUUCCUCACGCGCGCGCUCCUUCCGCAGCUGCGGCGCGCGGCGCAGUCCGGGCCCGUGCAGGUGUUCUUCGUCGGCUCGCUCGCAGGGGACAUCGCCCCAGUGCGGCUGCCUAUCUACGCCGCGUCGAAGGGGUUCCUGGAGUCGCUCGCGCGCGGGCUGGACAACGAUGAGCAGUUCCUCGGGGUGGACGACCGGCCGACGGGCGUGCGCUUCGGGUACCUCUCGGUGGGCGCGGUGCACUCGGACAACCACGACGCGCCGAUGCCGCCUAGUUUGACGACGCCGACGUCUGCGCGGUUUGCGCGCGCGCUCGUGGACGCGAUGGGGUGUGGGCGGCGAAGGGUCGCGCCGUAUUGGAUGCACGCCGUGCUGUCUUGGCUGGUGGAGCUGGGCCCGGAGAGCGUUGCGGACGCGGCUAGCGCGCAGGAGAUGCGGGGGCUGAUCGCGAGGGCGGAGAAGGACAGGUGAGAUGGGGGCCGGGUGCGUCGUUAUG